UCACUUAAAGCCACUCCUUGGUUCCCGUUACAGCUUUCUCACCCUGUGGCUGCUCUCCACGCUCCAGUGCUGUGUCACCGAGAAGCACCGACGGGGACAGGGUUAACAACAAACUGAGCUGCAAGCCAUAUAUGGAGAAAUCCAGCUCUGAGUUUCACAACAACUCAACGUUCUGCUUUCAGACUUCUCCAGCUGAGGUCAACUGUGCUUGGUGGGGCCGGUCACAAAGAACCCAAGUGCUGCAGAUGUAGCUCAGGGGCAGAGCCCUUGCCCAACACAAUCGCCCCUGGGUUCAACCUUCAAGCACAGAAGAAAAGGUCUGAAAAUAGAACCAAGCAUUCUAUCAGAACCCAGGGGCUCUGGGUUCUAGGUCCAACCGCAGCCAGAGGCAGCAUGCAGGCCACCCUUGCUAUGAUGGUCUGGAUGGCUUCUUCCAUUUCUAGUUCUUCAUAUACCGCAAGUACUUUGCCAGAUAUAACCAAUGAGGAUUUCAUCCAACAAUGUGUUCAAAUCCACAACCAGCACCGGUCCAAAGUGAAUCCGACAGCAAGGAACAUGCUGUACAUGUCUUGGGACUCAGACCUAGCCCGCAUUGCAAAAUCGUGGGCAAAAGUUUGUCAGUUUGAACACAAUCCACGGCUGAAAUCACGGCUGCACCCGAACUUUACCGCAGUGGGAGAAAAUAUCUGGACUGGAUCUUUAAGCCUCUUUUCAGUAUCUUCAGCCAUCUCAUCCUGGUACGAUGAAGUCAAGUACUACGACUUCAGGACUAGGAGAUGCACGGGUGUCUGUGGUCAUUACACUCAGGUUGUUUGGGCAGACAGUUACAAGGUUGGCUGUGCGGUGCAAUUUUGCCCUAGAGUUGGUAACUUUGAAAAGCUUUCCAAUGGAGCACAUUUUAUAUGCAACUAUGGACCAGCAGGAAAUUACCCAACGUGGCCAUACAAGCAAGGAACCACUUGCAGUGAUUGCCCAAAGGAUGACAGGUGUCUCAACAAUCUCUGCAUUAACCCACGAAGAGACGGUGUCUCACGUUACUACUCUGGCGACUACCCAGGAAGGCCCAUAUAUCUACGGAACAGAUACACAUCUCUCUUCCUCAUUGUUAAGGCGGUCCUUCUCUUACUGUCUGUUAUAAUCACCAUUUUGGGAAAGCACAAAUACCCUAAUUUAGUUCUUUUGGACUACUAAUGCCAUCGGUGGCAGGCAACUUAUA